AGAUGGCGCUGGUGAACCUGUAGAACCAAAAAGAAAACAACUUUUUGAAAGUUUUUGACGUGAGACAUGCAAAAACAAAAUUAGCUUUUUAAUUCGAAAUUGUCGAUGGAUACAUUUAUUUGAGACAAAAUGGCUCAACCACCACCAGAUCCAGUCCACAUUCUGCACAAUCCAAGUGGACCAGUCACUGCAUUAGCUGCACUAAGACUAAAAGAGGAUGGUGAAUACAAUCUAGUCAGUGGAUCAGAGAUUGGAUUCAUAACUAUUUGGAAUUUAAAUGUUUAUCGACCAACCAAGACCUGGCAAGCUCACAGUGCCACAAUUGUGUGGAUUGGGGCUUUGGAUGACAGACCUGGUUACAUAAUUUCACAUGGAAGAAAUGAAUCUCUCAUCAUCUGGAAUGCAGAAGGAAUCUCAGUUCAUCGGAUGCUAGUCACUCAUGAAGGAUUCUGCAAGUGUGACCUUUGGGCCAACAUCAUAGCCAUCCCUGCCAAGAAGAAUUCAGUUGAAAUCUUCAACAUCAGUCAGGAAACGACGUCGCUGGACCGUACCGGCACGCUAACGAUCGACGACGACGAAGGAGCAUUAAUGGCCAUUAAAUUGUUGGGGAAACAGACGACUGUAGUAACCGCCUAUGAAAGUGGAUGCAUUUGCAUCUGGAACGAGAACGUUGUACUCCAUCGAACAAGGGUCAAGAGCAUGCCGACUUGCUUGGGGCAUCAUGCUCAGCGUAAUGAACUCCUAUUAGGAACUUCAUGCGAAACAUUAUACAUCUUCAACGUCGACGACCUAACCGAGCUCAAGUCUGUCGUGCUGACCAAUCCCGGACUGAACGUCAUGGCGCUCCGCCUAUCCGACCCGCGUCUCUACGCAACAGCCGGCUGGGACCAUCGCAUUCGCUUCUUCAGUGCCCGAACUCAUAAAAAGCUCUGCGUCCUUCAACUUCACGACGGCCCUGUCAACAGCCUGGUCUUCAUCAUGGGUCAAAGCGGCGGCGGCGUCGGCGGCUUGUUGGCCGCCGGAGGUAGCGACUCUCUGAUAUCCCUCUGGGAUCUGUACAGCCAGGCAGGCCAGCCAACAACAGUGACGUCGGUUUGAACCAAAACCCCCAAAACCCCUUGAAAGGCAAGUUCCUGGCUUCCUCGUACACUUCCUUUGUAUUCUAAUCAACUGUGUGACUCUGCAUUGAUGCCGCAAGCUUUUCAAAAAAGGGAAUAUAUAAAAGCGAGGGGUUGUUCUCUGCUCUCUAUCGUCGUUUCUCCUCAAAUACAUGAAGAAAUCAGAAAAGAA